AUGUGGCUGCAAGCCCUUCUGGGCACCCUCCUGCUCUCCAUCAGCGCUGUCCUGUGGUACCUGUUUGGCCAGCCCAGCCCAUUUUCCUUGGAGUCGGUGAGGCCCAAAGAGCCCCAGGAGAUGGACCAAAAGAAGAGGAACAAGGUGCUGAAGAAAGGUUUCAGUAUGGACAGAGUCCCUGAGAACCUGGACGCCAUCAUCAUUGGCAGUGGUCUGGGUGGCAUGACCACGGCUGCCUGCCUGGCCAAAGCAGGGAAGAAGGUUCUAGUUCUAGAACAGCACGACCAAGCAGGAGGAUGCACCCACACCUUCAUCGAGAAAGGCUUUGAGUUUGAUGUUGGCCUUCACUACAUUGGACAGCUUCAUGACAAGAGCUUCUUGAAGAUCACAUUUGACCAGAUCACUGAAGGCCAACUGGAGUUUGUGACCCUGGACCAGCACUUUGACCAUAUCUACAUCGGGUCUGGAGAGGAACACCGGCAGUACAGCAUGUACUACGGCAAGGAAAAGAUGGAGGCCCACCUGAAGAAGCAGUUCCCAGAGGACACCAAGGCCAUUGAAACUUUCUUCAAGGUCAUGAAGCUCACCGCCAGAAGGAUCCACCUGCUGGGCAUCCUGAAGCUCAUCCCUCGCUGGCUGGCCCUGUUCCUGCUCAAGUCCACCCUCGCUGACCGCUACUGCCCCAUCUUCCGUCUGGCCGUCACCGGCACCACCUACUGGGCCAACCACCUGACCAGCAACAAGGACCUCCAGUGUGUCUUCUCCUACCUCUUCAUCGGAGUGCCACCCAGGGAUGCCAGCGUUGUCCUCAAUGCCCUCUUCUUCCACCACUACAAGCGUGGUGCCUACUACCCUAAAGGGGGCGCCAGUGAGGUUCCUUUCCACAUCAGCAACACCAUCCGCAAGUACGGUGGAGAGGUGCUGGUCAGGGCCCCGGUCACUCAAAUCCUGCUGGACAGCAACGGGGCCGCUUGUGGUGUGUCGGUGAGGAAGGGCCAAACGGAAGUGGAGGUGAGGGCACCAAUCGUGAUCUCCAACUGCGGCCUCUACAACACCUUCAACAAACUCCUUCCUCCUCAGAUCUCCAUGAAGCACAAUAUCCAGAGCCGCGUGAAGGACGUGAAGCUCAGCAAAGGCUGCCUGAUCCUCUUCUGUGGCUUCGAUGGCACUGCUGAGGAGCUAGACAUCGGCCAAACCACACACUGGCUCUUCAAGGGCAACGACACAGACAAACUGAUGGACGAGUUCUAUGGCAUGAGCAAAGAUGAAGCUCCUGAGAAUGUUCCCAACAUGUUUGUCACCUUCCCAUCUGUCAAAGACACCUCAUCACACAUCAGGCAUCCCGGUAAGUCAUGCAUGACCAUCGUGACCAUGGUGAACUACGAGUGGUUUGAGGAGUGGAAGGACGGGACCGUGAGGAAGAGGGGAGACGAUUACGAGCAGUACAAGAUGAGAUUCGCCACCCACAUGUUUGACUGGGUCUGCGAGUACUUCCCCAAGCUCAGAGAGAAGCGAGUCUUCAUGGAGGUGUCCAGCCCUCUCUCCAACAAGCACUACCUGGCUUCGCACACAGGCGCCACAUACGGCGUUGAGCACGACCUCAAGCGCUUCGACCCCAUCUUAAUGGCAAACAACCGAUGUGACACGCCCAUCAAAAACCUUUACCUCUCAGGUCAGGAUGUGUUCAGCUGCGGCAUUGCGGGGGUCCUGCACGGUGGCCUGAUCUGUGCCUCUACAGUGUUGAACCAAAUCCUCUACGUUGAUCUCUUGAUGCUCAAGAACAAACUGAAAGGCAGCAACAUUAUCCAAACUGUUAGAAAAAUGUUUCUGUGAUUUAGUGUCCCACCCCUGUCCCCUUGUCCCAUAAUUUGUAUGGAUACAGUUGUUACUAUGUACUGUAUACCUGUGCUCCCCCCAAAAAAGGCACUGAAUGGAGAACGCAUUGUAUAUUUUACACCAUAUUUUUAUCUGCAAAACUCCAAUCCCUGCACCCUGUUUCUCGAAAGCAGUUAGCAACUCAGUAGGUUGCCUAUGGGAAAUUGCAUGGCAACCAAGUAAGUUGCUUAGCAACGACACUGUCGAGAAAUGCACCCCAGAAAUGCACGACUGUUUGUCCUUUACGGUGCUUGAAUGUGCUGAUUUGUAUAUAACGCAUAGUUUUAUUUUAAUUUAUUGUUCAUUGUACUGCAUGUAUCACAGAUAUUAUGGGAAGAAUUCUAUUUUUGUGUCUCACAAAAG